GAAAUAGUUUUUUUGAUGAAGUCAUAUCGGCUUCUAAUACUAGUUCUGAUACCAUUUCUGAUAUUAGAGACAAUGUAGCAUUUAUUUCUGAUAUUGAAGGCGCAUUGUCUUUUGAUGAGAGAGGUGGUAAACCAGUAUUUUUUUCUAAUAUUGGGG